CCGGAAGCGGCUUUAGGGCUCGGCAGGGGUCGGUUGCUGCCGCCCUGCCAGGCGGGCGCCUGCUUCGGCGGGGGCUGCGCAGGGGGGCCCGGCCUCCCCGCGCAGGGCCCGGCGGCCGCGGGAGCCGCGCCGGGGCGAUGCUUUGACAGACGGAGCCGUGUAGAUAAAAACCGGUUAAUGGGCACGCAGGUCCUGGCCCCCUUUCGCCGCAAAGGAAGCAAGUAGUGCUGCUGCGGGUUCCUGCUAGGCUCCCUUAGCGCCCAGAAGUGACACGGCUGGGGGGGGGAAUCGUUAUGAGGAACUACUGGGAGAAUUUUGGUUAAUUAGUGUUUGGGUCUAAUGACUUUCAGUUAGGCUUCUCUUAGUUUAAAUGCCUUUUUGUUGAGAAGGCUUCAUUAGGACAAGCUAGCAAAUCUUGCUCCCUUGGAAUGGUGAAGCUUGUGCCUGUGGUGUGGACAAAAUAUAGAAGGCUUAAGAAACAAGAGGUUUCUGAUACUGUUGCUUGAACUGACUUCAGAUUGCAGAACUUGAUGCUUUUCAGUCAUACACAGCAAUGUUUUAUGAGUCUGUUAGUUACAGUGAUUAACUGCAACAUUUCAGUAGAAGACUUGCUCCUAGGGCUAGCUGAACUAUUGCAUCCUCCAGUAUGGAUUGGAAGUCUCAAGUGUUGCAGUUGUACUGGUUCAGUAUUUCUUCCCAGUUUCCUCUUGCAAUGUAUUGCCUCGCUUUUCAGGGCGUGCUCUUUGAGAUCUCCAACACUGUGCAGUUUCAUCCAGUUCUUGGAAGUCUUGCUUGUCUCAUCUGUAGCAUGUACUGUUAAUAUCUUAUCCCUGAUCAGUAGUCACUUCUUUGAAACUAUACUUUUGCACUAACCAUACAACUUGCUGCUUCUUAUGGUGCUUGUAAGCACUUGGACAGCCAUCCAACUGAAGCCUGCUUGGAAACUGAAGCUACCCAAGGUCUCAACCAGCGAGAGCUCGUUCCUUUGGAUGAUGGUUUAUUCCAUGGUGUAGCAGAGGUUUGUCAAAUUUGGAAUGAGACUCAGUGCUAACUACUGGAGGACAUAGAGUGAGGAUUCGAGGCAAGUAUGGGCUAAAGCUUUGGAAUUACUUGCUACAUCUGAAGCACAAGAUUUCUUCCUAAUGGACAAGGCAUUCGUGGAGUCACCCUGCAUUAAAGAUGCUUGUUGAAGGAGUUGGAUAAAUUCCUUGGGGGUAAAAGGAAUUCUGGAGUCUGAAGUCAACAGAGAAGGCCAAUGAUGACAAGCUGCCAAGGAUGACAAACUGGCCCUGCAAGAUGCUGCCAAGACAGAUUCCAGCGCACUCAAAUAAGAUGAAAAAGAUGUGUAGAGAUGCUUUUCUGCCUGGUCGCUGUUAUUUUGAAGCAGCAAAAGAGGAGUGUUGCAGAGAUCCUUGGUUGCUGAUGAAAGACAGUAAUCUUGAUGAGGUUCAGGUGCAAGUCCAUCCUAAACUUUCCUCCACUGAAGAUGCAUUACAGUAUGUGGAGGAGUUAAUUCUCCAGUUGUUAAAUAUGUUGUGUCAAGCCCAACCAAGAAGUUUUCUGGAUGUAGAGGAUCGUGUUCAAAAAAGUUUUCCCCAUCCUAUUGAUAAGUGGGCAAUAGCUGAUGCCCAGUCUGCUAUUGAGAAGAGGAAACGAAGAAAUCCGUUAUCUCUCCCAGUAGAAAAAAUCCAUCCCUUAUUAAAGGAAGUUCUAGGCUACAAAAUUGACCACCAAGUGUCUGUUUACAUAGUGGCAGUAUUAGAAUACAUUUCUGCAGACAUCUUAAAAUUGGUUGGGAAUUAUGUACGGAAUAUAAGACAUUAUGAGAUUACAAAACAAGAUAUUAAAGUGGCAAUGUGUGCUGAUAAGGUAUUAAUGGAUAUGUUCCAUCAAGAUGUAGAAGACUUAAGUGCACUAACUUUAUCUGAUGAGGAACCCUCCACCUCAGGGGAGCAAACCUAUUAUGACCUAGUGAAGUCAUUUAUGGCAGAAGUUCGACAAUAUAUAAGGGAACUAAAUCUCAUUAUCAGAGUUUUUAGAGAGCCAUAUGCCUCCAACUCCAAACUAUUUUCAUCUCAUGAUGUAGAAAAUAUAUUUAGUCGUAUAUCAGACAUUCAUGAACUUAGUGUGAAGUUAUUGGGUCAUAUAGAAGACACUGUUGAAAUGACAGAUGAAGGUAGCCCUCAUCCACUAGUAGGCAGCUGUUUUGAAGACAUGGCGGAGGAACUAGCAUUUGAUCCCUAUGAAUCAUAUGCGCAAGAUAUUUUGCGACCUGGUUUUCAUGAUCAUUUUCUAAGUCAGUUAUCAAAGCCAGGAGCAGCAUUUUAUUUACAGUCAAUAGGUGAAGGCUUUAAAGAAGCUGUUCAGUAUGUUCUACCCCGACUGCUCCUUGCCCCUGUUUACCACUGUCUUCAUUAUUUUGAACUGCUAAAACAAUUGGAAGAAAAAAGUGAGGAUGAAGAGGAUAAAGAGUGCUUAAAGCAAGCAAUAACUGCCCUACUAAAUCUUCAAAGCAGCAUGGAACGGAUAUGCUCCAAAAGCCUUGCAAAACGAAGGCUUAGUGAAUCUGCAUGCCGAUUCUAUACGCAGCAGAUGAAGGGGAAACAGCUAGCAAUUAAGAAAAUGAAUGAAAUCCAGAAAAAUAUUGAUGGUUGGGAGGGUAAGGACAUUGGACAAUGUUGUAACGAGUUCAUCAUGGAAGGAACACUCACGCGUGUAGGAGCAAAGCACGAGAGACACAUAUUUCUAUUUGAUGGCUUAAUGAUUUGCUGUAAGUCAAAUCAUGGCCAGCCAAGACUUCCUGGUGCUAGCAAUGCAGAAUAUCGUCUAAAAGAAAAGUUCUUCAUGCGAAAGGUACAAAUCAACGACAAAGACGACACUAAUGAGUACAGACAUGCAUUUGAAAUCAUCUUAAAAGAUGAGAACAGUGUUAUUUUUGCUGCUAAAUCAGCUGAAGAGAAAAACAACUGGAUGGCAGCGUUGAUAUCUUUGCAAUAUAGAAGCACCCUGGAAAGGAUGUUGGAUGUAACAAUGUUGCAGGAAGAAAAAGAGGAGCAGAUGAGAUUUCCAAAUCCUGAGCUUUAUAGAUUUGCAGAACCUGACUCUGAAGAGAAUAUUGUGUUUGAAGAAAACAUGCAGCCCAAAUCUGGAAUCCCCAUCAUCAAGGCAGGAACUGUUGUCAAGCUCAUCGAGAGGCUGACUUACCACAUGUAUGCAGAUCCCAACUUUGUUCGGACUUUUCUCACAACGUAUAGAUCCUUCUGUAAACCUCAAGAGUUGCUGAGUCUGCUAAUAGAAAGAUUUGAAAUUCCAGAGCCUGAGCCAACAGAAGCUGAUCGUAUUGCUAUGGAGAAUGGAGACCAGCCUCUUAGUGCAGAGUUAAAAAGAUUUAGGAAAGAGUACAUUCAACCUGUGCAGCUACGAGUAUUAAAUGUAUGUCGACACUGGGUAGAACACCACUUCUAUGACUUUGAAAGAGAUGCUGAUCUUCUGCAACGUUUGGAGGAAUUCAUUGGAACAGUAAGAGGCAAAGCGAUGAAGAAAUGGGUUGAAUCAAUCACAAAGAUAAUCAACCGGAAAAAGCAGGCACAAGCCAUUGGGCCAAGUCACAACAUUACUUUUGAGAGCCCACCUCCAGCGAUUGAAUGGCACAUAAGCAAACCAGGACACACAGAGACUUUUGACUUGCUCACUUUGCAUCCAAUAGAAAUUGCUCGGCAGCUCACUUUACUUGAGUCAGAUUUUUACAGAGCUGUGCAGCCAUCUGAACUAGUUGGAAGUGUGUGGACAAAGGAAGAUAAAGAAAUUAAUUCUCCCAACCUUCUCAAAAUGAUAAGGCAUACAACUAACCUCACCUUGUGGUUUGAAAAAUGCAUUGUAGAAACAGAAAACCUAGAAGAAAGAGUAAUUGUAGUGAGCCGGAUAAUUGAGAUCCUGCAAGUGUUUCAAGAGCUAAACAACUUUAAUGGAGUCCUUGAGAUUGUCAGUGCUAUGAACUCCGCAGCAGUGUAUAGGUUGGAUCACACAUUUGAGCAAAUUCCAAGUCGCCAGAAGAAGAUUUUAGAAGAAGCUUAUGAGCUGAGUGAGGAUCAUUAUAAGAAAUACUUGGCAAAACUCAGGUCCAUUAAUCCUCCUUGUGUGCCUUUUUUUGGGAUUUACUUAACUAACAUUUUGAAAACAGAAGAAGGCAACCCUGAAUUUCUAAAGCGGCAUGGGAAAGAACUUAUAAACUUCAGCAAGAGAAGAAAGGUAGCUGAAAUAACAGGAGAGAUACAGCAGUACCAGAACCAGCCAUAUUGUUUAAGAGUGGAAUUUGACAUCAGGAGAUUUUUUGAAAACCUGAAUCCAAUGGGAAACAGCAUGGAGACAGAAUUUACAGAUUAUCUGUUCAACAAGUCACUAGAGAUAGAGCCACGAAAUGUCAAGCCUCCACCAAGAUUUCCCAAAAAAUACAGCUAUUCUCUCAAGUCCCCAGGUGUUCGUCCCUCUAAUCCAAGGCCAGGUACCAUGAGACAUCCUACACCCCUGCAACAGGAGCCAAGGAAAAUUAGUUACAGCCGCAUCCCAGAGAGCGAGACUGAAACCACAGCAUCUGCACCAAACUCUCCCCGAACACCUUUGACCCCUCCUCCUGCUUCUGCUACUUCAAGUACUACAGAUGCCUGCAGUGUGUUUGACUCAGAUCCUUCAAGUCCUUUUCAUGCAAGAUCUGCUUCUGUGUCAUCCAUAAACUUCACCAAAAAUUCAGAUGAAGCUCAUGUUCCCCCUCCAGUUCCUCCACGACGAAGGCCAGAGUCUGCCCCAGCUGAAUCCUCCCCAUCAAAAAUUACUUCUGCACACCUGGACAGCCCACCAGCAAUCCCUCCUAGGCAACCAACCUCUAAAGUGUAUUCACCAAGGUACUCAGUGCCUGACCGGACCUGCAUCUCUGACCCCCCUGAAAGCCCUCCUGUAUUACCACCACGAGAACCUGUGCGAACUCCAGAUGUUUUCUCUAGCUCACCACUACACCUCCAACCUCCACCACUGGGGAGAAAAAGCGAACUCGGUAACACCUUUUUCCCAAACAGUCCAUCUCCGUUUACUCCACCUCCCCCUCAGACACCUUCUCCACAUGUAGCACGGAGGCAUCUUCCAUCACCACCUUUGAUACCGCAAGAUGUGGACCUCCAUUCUGUUGCUGGACCACCUGUUCCUCCACGACAAAGCACUUCUCAACAUAUCCCAAAGCUUCCUCCAAAAACUUACAAAAGGGAGCACACACACCCAUCGAUGCAUCGAGACGGGCCACCGUUGCUGGAGAAUGCCCACUCCUCCUGAACUAUCCCUUGCGCUGGGAGUCGCAUUUUCCUGGUGCUACGUCUGUUGCUGGCAAUGGAUGCACUGAACCUGGUGGUGCCAAGGAGUUGGGAUGUGUAUGCAAACACUAAAAACUCUCCAAUAGAUUGGAAAUGCAGUGUACAGAAACGGAAUUGCAAAAACAGACAUUGUAGUGGAAAAACCGUUUAACUUGCUGUUCUUGUUUUAGUAUGCAGGACAUUGUUCUAAAGUAAUUGGACAACUGAUUGUAUCAGAAAAAAAGCAGACUUGAGAGACUUCUUUGGCCAAUGAGCAAAGACUGUGUUUGUGUAAUGAUCAAUAAUGUCCAGUACAGGAAGGAAAACAGUCUUGUAUCCAUCAGUUCCAUACAAUGGCACAGUUUCUGGAAUGAAAACAUUAUGCACUUUUUUUAAAUCUCAAACAGGGAACUUUAUAUCCUUCUUAAUUUUCCUUUGCUUUACUCCCUGCUUUAAAAUACUUUCCUAAAAUUAUGAGGAGGACUGUGAGGAAGAUCUGUGGUACCUAACCAAGCUAGAAUUAAGGCAAAGCACUGUAUUGCGGUCCUGUUUACAAGUUGUUACAAUGAGUAGUAGGGGGUACCUAGGCUUCACCAAAGAGGUACUUUAUUAUUAUUUUCUGAAAUAUUAUGGUGCCAGUUCAAAAAUAAAUUUUUGCCAGGAAGCAUAAUGUCUAGUUAUUGCUUUCUUUAGAUAGAGCAGAUGAAAGUCUUACAUCACUAAGAUGACAGCGUAUUUUUUUUGAAAAGCAGCACUAUCAUCUGAAGUAAACUAGUGGUUUAUACUAGUAUAAACUAGUAUACUACUACAUUUAGAAGACUGUUAAUCUCUGCUAGGUUAUGUCACAUUCUUUUUAAGGUUUACUGAUAAUCCAUUUCAUGGCUAGUAGCAAUUCUUUUUCAGUCAUGCCAUGAAAACAGUCACUCGUGAAAAGGAGCACUCACUGGUCAACCUCCAUAGCUAUUGUCAUGUUUUACUAACAAUAGAUUAAUCAGCAUACAUAGAAUUGCCUUGCAGUUGCAUAAAUCGUGUAUAUAGUGAACGUUGCAUAAAUAUACUUGCAGAUUGUUUUUAAUUUAAUUGAAAUAAAGAUACAGAUAUGUUUGGCUGA